AUAUUUUAGACGCGACCACGCAUAGACAACAGACCAUCCGCGUUACCGGCGCGCCGGCGUGUAGUUGCGCGAUAAGUUUUGCUUUAAAUUGCGUUUAGCAAGAGUAGCUGUUAACACACGUCGACACGCUACUCGUCUAGCGUCGCUGGCCUUGUCCGCAAAGUUCAAAAUCAAGCGCAAGGCCGCCUCCAUACGAUGGCUGCUCAAAAGACACCGUCGUACGUCGGCUCUGUGAGACUCAUAUUUGAAGCAGGCACCAAGCUGGAGGCUAAACCGCAGACUGUCGCCACAGCGGCCACGUACUUUCACCGCUUCUUCCAGGAGUGUUCGCAGGACGAUUAUGACUUCUACCUGGUGGCUGCGACGGCGAUGUACUUGGCCGGCAAAGUUGAAGAGGACUACCUCAAAAUACGGGACGUGGUGAACGUCUUCCACAAGAGUGCCUAUCCAAAGUCUGACCCCCUGCCACUGGCCGAAGAGUACUGGUGUCUGCGCGAUGCCAUUGUCCAGUGUGAGCUGCUCAUGCUACGGGUCCUGCAGUUCCAAGUCUCUGUCGACCAUCCACACCGGUACCUUCUUCACUACCUUCGGUCGCUGAGCGACUGGGUGGGUCCGCUGACCUGCGGUGGAGGCGGAGGAACACGCAGCGGUCCGCCGUGCCACAUUCCGUUGGCACAAGUGGCAUGGUCACUGCUGUGCGACAUGUACCUGCAGCCAACCUGCCUGCGGCAUCCUCCACAGGAGCUGGCAGUGGCCGUUCUCCAGGUGGCUCUGCUCGCCUACGACGUGCGAGUGCCGCACGGAGAGGACAGUGUGCUCAGCUGGUACGAGACGUUUUGCGAAAACCUGUCUCGAGAGAAGCUUGCCGACCUCGUCAUGGACGUCAUUCAGGUUUACGAUGCUGAGGGACAGUAAUGAACAUUGCCAUUCUCAUCUAGAA